AUGCUCCGAUCCCCUGCCACCCCUCCUAACAAAUUCACCUUCACUUUCCUCCUCAAAUCCUGCCUCAAAAACUCAGCUCCGCAUUUCGUCAAACACAUUCACUGCCAUCUCACCCUAUUCGGCUUCGCGUCCGAUCCCUUCCUUCAAACAGCUCUCGUCAGCCUGUAUGCUGAUACCGGGCUAAUUGAAAUGGCACGGCAUGUGUUCGACAAAAUGCCUCACAGAGACAUCGUCUCUUACACUGCAUUGGUCUCUGCUUAUGCCAGUUGUGGCCUGGUAGAUGCUGCUCGCCAGGCGUUCGAUGAGAUGCCUGAACGAAAUGCCGUUUCGUGGGGUGCAGUGAUUGCGGCCUACUCGCAAAGCGGGCAGCAUGUGGAAGCCUUGGCUCUCUUCCGUGACAUGCAGCGGGUUGCAGGAGUGGACCCCACUGAGGCCACUCUGGUCUCAGUUCUAUCCUCUGCGGCGCAUGUCAGUGCCCUCAAGGAAGGGGAUUGGGUGCACAGAUACAUCUGGCGCAACCGCAUCCCUCUGACUGCAAGCCUUGGCACCGCACUUCUGACCAUGUAUGCAAAAUGCGGGUCUAUAGUAGAUGCAAUGAACGUGUUUGAUGAAAUGCCUCAAAGAGAUGCACCUGCUUGGACGGCCAUGAUUUUGGCACUUGCUACCCAUGGGCAAUGCAAUCAAGCACUGCAUUUCUUCAAUAGGAUGGUUAGUUUAGGAUUUAGACCGGACCGCGUCACAUUCAUCGGGGUCCUAACAGCGUGCAGCCAUGGUGGUUUUCUCGACACGGGUCGCUAUCACUUUGCCUGUAUGAAAGACUUCUAUAACAUCGCUCCGGGAGUAGAACAUUAUGGGUGUAUGGUGGACAUUCUUGGCCGAACCGGGCACGUUGAGGAGGCGUGGAAUUUGGUACAAGCAAUGCCUGUGGAGCCUGACACCUUGGUGCUCAAGGGCCUUCUAAGUGCUUGUUCUAACCAUGGCUAUGUGAGCUUCGCCGAGUGGACUUUUAAGAAGCUUAUAGCACUAGAUGCCAGCAAUGCCUCUCCGUAUGUGAUGCUGGCGAAUACAUUCGCAAGCGUCGGUAAAUGGUCCAAUGCGGAGGGAGUGAGGAAGAUGAUGAGAGAUAGAGGGGUGGCAAAGACGGCCGGGUGUAGUCUGAUUGAGUUGGAUGGGGUUGUUCAUCAGUUUGUAGCUGGAGAUAAUGAAGAUCAUCCUGAAAUUGAAGUGAUCAGGGCCAUGUUGCAUGGAAUGGGCCAGGUUUUAAUAGAUGGUCACGGUGAGCAUGUAUAG